AUGACCAGAAAGCGCGAUGCGGUCGACGAGCCAUCCUCAGUCAAGCGCAGAAAGUUGACAGACAACUUCCCAUCAGAGUCUCAAUCUCCUGCGCAGAGUCGCCUGACAGAACCCGAGAAAGCAGAGUUACUGCGCUGGCUCGAUCAAGCCGACAAGAAAGACGGACCCAUAUUCAAUGUUUCCAACCCCCCCACCCGCAAAGGCGCAAAGAACCCACCCGAUGUCCAAGAAAAACCCCUCAGAUUGAAUGACCAGGACUAUCUGGACGCCCGGUGGCUUAUCAAGCCGAAUGAUCGAUGGCUGAACAUGACCAAAUACAAAAAAUUCACAGUAGGAAACCAGACUCACUCAGUUGGAGAUUGUGUUCUCGUCAAGCCAGGAAAUGAGUCUGAUCGGGACUGGAAGGCCCAGGUCCAUGAGGUUCGAGCUGCGGAUGAACAUCAUGUCUUCCUCCGCUGCACCUGGCUCGAGAAUCCCGAGGAGCUACCUCAAGAGGCUCGGAGCACACCGCCAUACCACGGUAAAUUCGAGUUGGUCCCGGGCAACAAAAUGGAUAUCAUCGAUGCUCUGACAGUGAACGGACCGCUGAAGGUCGUACGCUGGGAGGAAGACAAUGACGAUGCGCCGAUGCCAGCGCAAGGAGAGUAUUAUUGGCGACAGACUUACAAUUACGAUACCAAGCAACUAUCGCCACAAAAUCCCGAUCAUCUCAUUAUCAAAUGCAGCAAUGAAGCUUGUGGAAUAUGGCUCCAUGCUUCUUGUCUGGCCCAGGAUGCUGUUCAGCGUAAAACCCAACAGAAUGGAGACAAGGCGGAGUCAAACGGCAAAAAACGAGCUCGCAAAUCCAUCAACAAGAAUUUUAUCAAAAGCGCUGAAGACGCAGUGGCCGAAGACGACACAAUCAGGGCAGAGGUCCCGACACCUGAGUCUGAAGCGCCCAAGAUCAUAAUCACCGACAAGAAAACUGGGGAUGAGACCGAAGAACCAGUGCAUUGCUUGGUGUGUAAGGAGCUUGUUGAAUAA